CUUUACUUACCUGCUGUGUGCAGUGGUUUUGCACAGAGCAGCCUGCAUCCUCCUCUUCUCGCGUCUCAAGCAGGCUCUUCUGGCUCCUCCUUUCUGUCGGGUGCCCCCAUAGCAAGCAGCUUGCUAUGGGGGCACCCGCUGCUCCGUGUGUCCAUUCACACAAGGAGUUGUGGCUUGGCCCCGCAGAGACCUGGGACAGCUAAUGUUGUCAUGUACAUCACUGGAUCUCGAUGGGGCUCAUUGAGUAUUGAGGGGGUUGUGGGGAGCUGCUGCACACAGAAGGUUUUUUGCCUUCAUGCAUAGAAUGUAUGAAGGUAAAAAAACCUUGAGCCUUUACAAUCACCU